AUGCUGCCGCCCAUCCCGGUCUUAGCCGACUAUGGAAUCUCUCCAACUCAUGGCUUCCUCCCCCAGGUCCUACCAUUGACGAGACUCCCGGACCCUUACUACAACAAAUGGGAGGCUGUUGUGGCUAACCUUCAGGGCCUCAUUCUCAGCAAGCGUCUACGGGGGGUUGUCGAUCGUCUACCCGUGCUCUCCACCAUCGGUCUGGAACAUGACGCAGAAUGGCGCAGGGCCUACUCGCUGUUGUCCUUCAUGGCUCACGGCUACAUCUGGGGUGGUGAUAGUCCCAGUGACCGGCUGCCGCCAUCUAUUGCAGUGCCGCUGCUGAAGGUGUCGCAACGUCUCGAGGUGCCGCCCGUCGCCACCUAUGCCUCCCUCUGCCUCUGGAACUUCAAGCCCCUGUUUAUGGACGAGGACAUUGACAACCUCGAGAACCUCGCAACUCUCAACACGUUCACGGGCUCCACUGACGAAUCAUGGUUCUACCUCGUCUCUGUCGCCAUGGAAGCCCGCGGCGCGCCCAUCAUUCCCCUGAUGCUGACUGCCAUCGCCGCAGCCCGCGAUAACGAUGCGCCAACUGUCACCCGUUGCCUGCACACCUUUGCCGAGCGGCUUGAUGACCUUACAACACUCCUGCAGCGAAUGCACGAGAGUUGCGACCCCAUCAUCUUCUAUCAUCGCAUUCGCCCCUAUCUGGCUGGCAGUAAGAACAUGGCCGAGGCUGGGCUGCCGAACGGAGUCAUUUACGAAGACGGGUCAGGCACAGAAAAGUUCCGCCAGUACUCUGGUGGCAGCAAUGCCCAGAGCAGCUUGAUACAGUUCUUUGAUGUGGUGCUCGGUAUUGAGCAUCGCCCCACAGGCGAGAAGCGCGGGCGGGCAGACCAGAUCGACCAGCGCGAAGGUCGUGCGCCGGCGCCCAAGCACAAUUUCCUUACGGAGAUGCGCCGGUACAUGCCCGGACCCCACGCACGCUUCCUCGGUGACGUCCAAGCGGUUGCAAACAUCCGCGAGUUCGUCGAGGAGAACCGCCAGGACCGACCGCUAUGCCUGGGUUACGAUGCGUGCCUUGCUAUGCUGCGCAACUUGCGCGACAAGCACAUCGCCAUCGUGACACGGUACAUUGUGAUACCCAGUCGCGAAGUACGCGCGCGCAGUCGCAGCCGCAGCCCCGAGGCGACGCGGCGCAAGAUCGACCUCUCCACCGUGUCACGCCAGCCACAGGGUAUCGCGCUAGACACCCGUAGCCAUGCUGGCGCAACGCCGCAGGACGAGAAGAAGAGCAGCAGUCUCAAGGGCACCGGCGGCACCGCGCUCAUCUCCUUUCUGAAGCAGGCGCGCGACGAGACGGGCGAGCCCGUGAUAGACGAGUGGGCUCGGCGUUUCAUGAGCCGGCAGGUAAAGACCGAGGGCGUAGGCGAUUUCUUCGCCGGCAAGUCCGAAGAGGGGGCUGGAUUGCCGAUCGAGGAAGUUGGUGUCGCCGGCCUGGCUGGCACCUGGACCAUCGAUGAUGACGUCGGUGGAAUCUGCAACUAUUAG